ACGUAUGCUGACUGAUGUGGAAGCAGUCAUGAGCUAAAAGGAUAAUUUUUAUCAAAUUGAAAAUUGACAUCGGUUGAAGUCGUCUCCUAGAAAACAUUGAAUGUUAAUGUUUUCUACUGACGAGGCCUUCAUCAUAGAAAUAUUGAAACCUUACAAAAAGUUUAUUACUUAAUAAAAAUGUUGUUUUUUCUAAUAACUUUACACAUACUUUAUGUUAAUGCAGAUCUUUGCGGUCCCGAAGGAUACUACGCUGGUGAUUUACUAAGCCCAAGUUAUUGGUAUUUUGACAUUUUGAAUGAUACACAAUGUCCUCCAAUGUCCAAAAGUAGCUUUAUUAAUAAUAUCAGCAAUCAAACUGGUUGUAGAAUUUAUUUCAAUUUAUGCAAUGAUAUGAUUUAUCAAUGUAGUGGUACCGUUUGUGCUAGAUAUUUACAAACACAAGAUUAUGUUAUAAUACUUGGUCAAUAUGAUGGCAAUCCAUUUGAUGAAGAUUCUGACUCAUUUCAUGCAACAUAUCAAGGUGAACAGCUUUUUUGUGGUAAUAAUGAUUUGAAAACAGUAAUAAAAUUUAAUUGUGAUAAAAAAAGUAUUUGGAAUAAAACAGUUUCAAAGGAGCAUGGCGGUGCAAUGGCUCCACAGCCUCUAGUUUCUUUUGAUCAAAAUCUUUGUCAGUAUUCAAUGGUGUUCAACAAUUCAAAUGCUUGUUAUGUUGUUCCAAAAAAUGAUGCAAAGUCACGCAAAAUAAGCAAUGGUUCCUUUAUGCUAAUGUUAGUUAUUCCAGGUUUCGCGCUCUAUAUGUUGUUAGGUAUACUGUUCAAUUUAGCAAGGGGAAAAAGGGGGAAAUUUUUGAUCCCUCACUUAGAAUUCUGGACCCAACUUCCAGAUCUAAUUAUGGAUGGAUUUGCUUUCACGAUGGCGACCAUUACCUGUCGUCACGAAGAUCGUUUCACGCAAGAGUAUAAAGGCAUUGAAUAAUCAAAACAUCUACACAAAACAUUUAAUAUUCAAGAUAGUUUUAAAAUGAACUUAAUUUAUUAAAUUAACCAUGGUUAAAAAGAUUCAAUUUGCUGCAAAUCUUUUGAUGCGCAUUUUGACACAACAUCUCCAUCGUUUUUUAGCUAUUUCUAUGGCUCUGUCAACAAUUUCUUGAAGAUACAGAGGAAUUAGAAAAUUUUAUAUUCGUUAUUAACAUUCAAUUUUCUUACAAAGAUUUUGUCAGAUUAACUUUCAUUCAAAAUAAUUUUCAAAUAUUUUUUCAAACAAAAAGUUUAAUUUGUUUUGUUUGCCAUGUAUAAUAUUUAGUAAUAAAAAAUCUUUUAACUUCUAAAUUAUCUUAAUUUAAAAACAAUAAAUGUUUUUAUUAGUUUUUUAAGAUUGAAAAAAUUGUAAAGAUAUCUUGCAAGCAACUGUUGCAUUUUAUUUUGUCAAUUGUGUUAUUUUUAUGAAGUAAUCGCUUUUUUUCAUCUCGCGUCUAACAAACAGUCUUCGAAGUGAUGUAGAAUGCUGCCAUCAUUUUUAAAUAUAAAUUUGAUAUAUUAAAAAAAAAUAGAGAAGGUA